AUGCGGCCUCUCCUCCCUGAGAGCUGGAGUUUUCUGAGAUUUCUCAACCCUGGAACGCAUCUUUGGGCACCUCACCUUGAUUCUCUUUUCCACAUUGCCCCCUCCCACACACCUCCAGCUACUCUAGAGAAGCCCAUAUUGUCUCUACACCCGCCUUGGACCACAAUCUUCAAGGGGGAGCGGGUAACCUUGCGGUGUGAUGGGUACCACCCUCUGCUCCUGGAGCUCCGGCCCAUCAGCACUCUCUGGUAUUUGGGACACCUACUCCUGCCCUCUCACAAGAAGAGCAUCGAGGUGCAGACACCAGGGGUGUAUCGAUGCCAGACAAGGGGAGCACCUGUCAGUGACCCCAUCCACCUCUCUGUGUCCAAUGACUGGCUGAUCCUGCAAGUGCCCUAUGCUGCGGUGUUCGAGGGCGAGCCGCUGGUCAUGCGCUGCCGUGGCUGGUAUGAUAAAAUGGUCUACAAGCUUCACUACUACCACGACGGCCAGGCCGUGCGCUACUUCCACUCCAGCGCCAACUACACAGUGCCGCAGGCGCGCGCCAGCGACAGCGGGCGCUACCAGUGCUCCGGCACCAUGCGCAUCCCAGUGGAGAGCGCGCCCAUGUUCUCCUCCAAGGUGGCCGUGACCGUGCAAGAGCUGUUCCAGGACCCAGUGCUGAGGGUGAUGGGCCCAGUGGAGGCCCGCGGCGGGGUGGUCGUGCGCUGCGACACGCGCCUGCACCCGCAGAAGCGCGACACGCCGCUGCAGUUCGCCUUCUACAAGUACAGCCGCGCCGUGCGCCGCUUCGACUGGGGCGCCGAGUACACGGUCCCGGAGCCCGAGGUCGAGGAGCUGGAAUCGCACUGGUGCGAGGCGGCUACCGCCACCCGCAGCGUUCGGAAACGCAGCCCUUGGCUGCAGCUCCCGGGGCGGGGUUCUCCCCUGGACUUGGCGUCCACCACCGCCCCCGUCCCACAGGCCCCUGCCUUGGCGCCCAGUAACAAGCCGCUUUCCUUCAGAAAGUCCCCGGUGUCCAGAUCUGUCCCAUCGGUCACCUCCGUCUCGAACACCACCUCAGCGGGGCUGCAGUUCCCAGCGGGCAGAGCCCCCACUGCUGGACCACCGGCCUGCGCUCCGCCGACCUCCUUGGAACAAUCAGCUGGAGCCCUGAAACCCGACGUGAACCUUCUGCUCCGAGAAAUGCAGCUGCUCAAAGGCCUUCUGAGCCGGGUGGUCGUGGAAUUAAAGGAGCCACAGGCCUUCCCAGAGCACAGGGAAACACUCGAGACCCUCACUUCCCACUUGGCUGCGAGCCCGGGAACACCGGAAACCGCUACUGUGGAGAGCUGAGGUGGGGGGAGGGGGCUACUGUCCCCUUUCCAGACUCAUUCAUCCCUGGUCUCUCCUGCUUCCCAUCACCUGGAGACCUUUCAAAGCCGUCUCUGUUUGCAUCCCUUUAUUUUGCAGUGGUUUUUAAAGAAGCACGCAUAAAGUGUGGUAGUUGAUGAUCUCAGUCUUACACAGCAUAUUUGAGCAGUUGGUAACCACAAGGCCUUCCCUCUGAUCUCUUCCUUCCCCUCACAGGACUCAGUAAGAAGUUGAAACCUGUUAUUUACUACUUAGAGGUUCAUGUUUGGAAGUGAAUUUAGUCAUCCUUAGCUUUUCAUAUAAGCCCACCCAGCACAUAUUUC